AUGUUGUUGUCUCAAUCCCUUCGCAUGAUACUUCGCCGAGGGCCUUCAAUGGCCUCUCGCGCGUUCAGCACGUCCCCCGCCGUGAGCGCUGCCGAGGUUAAAUCGCUGGGAGUUAUUGGAGCUGGACAGAUGGGUCUUGGAAUUGCUCUCGUCGCCGCUCAAAGGGCUCAGGUUCCUGUCACGCUGGUCGAUACCUCUCAAGCAUCUCUAGAUAAGGGCCUGAAGUUUGCGGACAAGUUGCUCGACAAAGAUGUAGCCAAAGAGCGUAUUACCAGAGAAGCAGCAGACGCUGCCCGAGGCCGCAUCACCUCCACCCUACAGCUUGACGAUCUAUCCUCGGUGGACUUCAUCAUCGAAGCCGUCCCCGAGAUACCCAAUCUCAAGACCUCCAUCUUCUCCAAGAUCGCCCAAAUCGCACCCAAGCACGCCAUCCUCGCAACAAACACCUCGUCCAUCUCGAUCACCAAGAUCGCAGCCGCAACAACAACAGACCCGACGGACCUCCAGGCCCCAUCGCGAGUUGUCUCGACGCACUUUAUGAACCCUGUCCCUGUGCAAAAGGGCGUGGAGAUUAUCGCCGGCUUGCAAACGUCAAGGGAGACGCUCGACACGGCAAUUGCGUUUGUGCAGCGUAUGGGUAAGAUUGCUGCUGUUUCAGCGGACUCGCCUGGUUUCCUGGCGAAUCGGAUUCUCAUGCCCUAUAUCAAUGAGGCGAUUAUCUGCCUUGAGACUGGGGUUGGAGCAAAGGAGGAUAUUGAUAGUAUCAUGAAGAACGGCACGAAUGUGCCAAUGGGUCCCUUGACCCUGGCUGACUUUAUUGGGCUUGAUACGUGUCUCGCUAUCAUGAAUGUUCUGCACCAGGAGACAGGGGACAGCAAGUAUCGGCCGUCCGGGCUACUAAAGAGGAUGGUCGAUGCGGGCUGGUUGGGUAAGAAGUCUGGAAAGGGGUUUUAUGACUACUGA